CAAACGAAACACGCAGUCACUCUUUUGGUGAUACUACUCACUAUACAUAUUGGAGACGUUACGUGGAUAAACGGCCGACACUGUGUUUGAUGAACACGUUUAAAACAAUGCACACAGACGCAAACGCUAAUCUUAAAUUACUCAAUCUCCCAGUCGACGUCUGUGACGUUCUGGACUGUUUGAAGCUUCCGGCUAACGGAGCGCAGUUUGGCCGAUCUCCACCGAGGGCAUGCUACACGCACGUAUGUGUGUUCGAGACUUAUGAAGAUGGUUUAACUUUAGGUAGCCGGUUACAGAUCAGGUUAUGUGGCGGUGGCCAACAGCGGAGACUGCAUGACGCACGGAACGCGCCUCUCGAAUAAAUACAUCCUUAAAUGUAGGAUUUAGCUUCGGCUACAUCCUGCAGCUCAGAUGCAACUAACGCCUCAUAUCUUUAUAUGGUAAGCAGGACACCGGUUCUCACAGAACAUGGACAGAGGGUGGUUUAUUGGACCUGAGAGGAUUCCCCCUCCAGAGGAGGAGACGUCCAGCUCUGACAGCAGUGUCUCGAGGUCUUGCAUUACUAUCAACCUGACUGAAAUGCUUCAAGCUGACAAACCUAGUGCAGUAAAGAAAUUAAUUCCAAUCCGGCCCCCAAGCCCCCGAGUCUCUCUGCAGAGGGAACAAGAGUUUCAUUGCACUCUCUCCUGUGAACCUACGCCUAAACCCAUCAUCCGACAACGAUCCCGCUCUCUGCCUCUCGCUACAGAAAAGAAGAAGCAGUGCAGAAAUGUUGGCGUACGCUUUAUUGAUUCUUUGGGCCUUGACCUGGAAGACAUCAAGCUUUUCAAAUCUGGAGAAGAUCCAUUUGUACCACAUCAUGUUGCCUUCAGAUUGUCGAUGGGUGCAGAGUUGGCAGAUGGAAGGCAUCUAGAGAUAUCCUUGCCAUACUUGAAGCCGUUUUUUGCCCAACAACCUGGCGACCAGCACGGUUUCCUGCAUCGCCUUUAUGAGCAGAAAGUGUGUCUUGAGAGAGUCUUGUGUUUUGAACUAGGUGUAAUUGGAAUCACCCAGGUCCUCAAUUUGGAUUUUGAGAAAGAUGUCAUAGCCCGCUAUUCAUUUACAGAGUGGAAGAGCUGCUCAGAAACUAAGGCCUCUUGGGUGUCCACCAUCACCAAGACCUGGGAAGGAGGAGAGGGCCAACUCAAUUGUGAUACAUUUCGUUUCCACAUGCCUGUUCCUCCGUUCCUGCAGCCAGGAGCAGUGUUACAGUUUGCCAUUCAAUACAAAGUUGGUGGGGUUGAAUACUGGGACAACAAUUAUGGAGAGAAUUAUAAGUUAGUUUGCCAUAACUACAAGCUCACUGUGCCCAAAGAAUGCGAGGAUAGUAUGGUGCACUUCAUUUAGGAUGCUGACUUAAGGUAGAUGAAAUCUAUUUAGAACACUUUAUGAUGGGUAUCAGCAAUACAUAAAUAUACAUAACUGCAUUGUGACAUGUAAUAUUAAUUGUGUUAGACAAACAUGUCUUUGAAUCAAGUUAGAUUCAAGAUAAACUGUCAACUCUAGACAGACAGAGUGAACAAUAACAGAAACAUGUGUUUUAACUUUUUUUUAAAUAUGCACUUUCUAAUUAUAUUUUCCUGCCACUUUAAUGUGGCCGUUUUGAAUGGAUGUGACACCCAGUGAGCAUUAUAUAUAUAUUCAGUCAAAUUGAAAUUAGUAUAGAUCAAUCCACUCAUUUUUCCUGCAGGUUAAAAAUAAAAUAGUUUUUAUACCAUGCAGGAAUUUUGUCUGCAGAACCAUUUGGCUCUUGGCUGUCAUCAGACAGAAUUGUCAACUCGUCAUACUUGGUGGACUGGGCCGAUUCAAAGGUCUGGAUCUGGGCAAAAGAACCCUAACCCUGUAUUCAGAGUUCAUUUUUUUGUAAAAUGUUGUCAAACUAAAUGCCAUAACCAUGCAAUAGAUACAAUUUUAAUGAAUCAGAGAUGUGUAUUUUGUUUAACAAUAAAGCACAGUUCCAAAUAAUG